GAGAGAGAGAGAGAGAGAGAGAGAGAGACUAGUUGUUAUGCCUCUCUCAGAAAUACAGCAACAAAAAUAUAUUGAAUAAUUUCAUUGGAAAGGAAGUUAUUAUCCUUUGAAGAUUUUUUUUUAAAAUACAGCUUGAUAUUUAAGAAGAAGAAUGAAAUUGUUCCAAUAUUUAUCAUAGUCAGAAACCAUACAAAGAUAAAAUAAUUUAUCCUGUUGGGGUUUCAAGAAUUCUCUGAAUUGCAGGACUUGUUCCCAUAUCUAUCAUGGUCAGAAACCAUACGAAGAUAAAAGAAUUUAUCUUGCUGGGGUUUCAAGAAUUCUCUGAACUGCAGGUUCUUUUUUUCCUGACCUUUUUAAUGAUUUACAUUGUGACCAUAAUGGGAAAUAUUCUUGUUCUUCUGCUGAUUGUCCUGGAUCCACAUCUUAAAAGCCCCAUGUAUUUUUUUCUGGGGAACCUCUCUUUUCUAGAGGCUUGCUACAGUUCCAAUAUAUUUCCAAGGAUGAUUUCAGCUCUCUCGACUGGGAACAGGAGUAUUUCCUUCAACAGCUGUUUUACACAACUAUAUUUCUUUGGUUCAUUGGUAUCUUCAGAAUGCUGUUUACUCUGUGUGAUGUCUUAUGAUAGAUAUUUAGCAAUCUGUAAACCAUUACAUUAUGCGAUCAUCAUGAAAAGCUGGACAUGUAUACAACUAGUAGCUGUGUCUUGGAUCAAUGGAUUUGUGGCUUUGACGGUAGUCCUCAUUUUGAUGUUGCAGUUAAAUUUCUGUAACUCCAAUGAGAUUGAUCAUUACUUCUGUGAAUAUUUUCCUAUUCUAAGACUCUCCUGCAGUGAUAUUAGUACAGUGCAAAUUUUGAGCUUCCUGGUGGCUUCUGUAUUCACAUUUCCUCCUUUUCUUCUGACACUUGCAUCUUACAUUUAUAUUAUUAUUGCCAUCUUAAACAUUCCCUCUACUACUGGGAGGCAAAAGGCUUUUUCUACCUGUUCUUCUCACUUGAUUGUAGUUUCUAUUUUCUAUGGAUCUCUAAUUAUUGUAUAUAUGACACCUAAGGCUGCAACUAGGAGGGAGAUGCAAAAAAUCUCCUCUUUGUUAUACACAGUUUUGCCUCCUAUGCUCAACCCCUUUAUAUACAGUCUGAGAAAUAAGGAAGUCAAAGAUGCCCUAAGAAAUAAUAUCUGCAGAAAUUUUAAUUUAAUUUCAUAGGAAGUCAGAGGAAAGUUGCUUACUGUAUGUAAAAAAAGGGAGGAAAACUGUAGGAGGACAUAGUGGAGGAUGAAAAAAAGAUUAAAUAUGUGAUUCAUUUUUAAAAUGUAUACAAAAAAGCUUUUCAAAUAAAGUCUGGAAGUGUUACAUUAUUCAAAUAUAUUAUGUUGCAAUACAAUAUAAAUUAUUAAAAUGCAUUUUGCAUUAAAAUGAAUUAUAGGACUAAUUUCACUGAUGUCUGACAAAGUACUUCCAAUGAAAUUAUGAUUUGAUGUCCAGAAUCAUACCAGGUGUUACAAUAAAUAUCAGACAGGAAAAUUUCAUUUAAUUAUUCAGAACAUGGGAAGACUAUUGGCCAGCAGAAAUAGAAGUAUUUUUAUGAAUCCAAAUACCGUUCUGAACAAAUACAGUUAUAUAGCAUUAGAAAAGGUGCUUAAAUGGUAUUUUAAUUUUGUUUUAAAAAUUCUUUUCCUCUUCAUUUUGUAGCUAAUUGUGUUAUUUAGAAUAGUAGGUCAACUAUUGGAAGAUAAUGUAUAGGAAAUGAAAAUGAAUAUUGUUUUAUCAUAGUAGUAGAGAGUCUGGUAGUAUAGAAAUUGGAAAGAUAUGUUUUCUUCUUCACAUUUUCUACUAUAUGGAAGUUCUCAACCAUUAUUAUAUUUAUGUAUAUAAUGUAAUAUUUUUUUAUAUUUUUAUUAUUUAAUGUUAUCUAUAUUCAAACAAGAAUUUUACCAUUGCUUCUCUACAUCAUGGUGGUACAGUGCUUAGAAUGAAGUAUUGCAGGUUAACUCACUGCCAAGAGUUUAAUUAUGACUGGCUCAAGUUUGACUCAGCCUUUCAUUCCUUCAAGAUUGAUAAAAUGUUUAUUGAUAAUAAACAGAUUAUUAUUAAGGGCAAUAUGCUGAUUCUGUAAACUGCUUAGAGAAGACUGUAAAGCACUAUGAAGCAUUAUAUAAGUCUGAGUGCUAUUGCUCUUGCUAUACUACUGUGCAAUGUGUCACCCUAUUGUAAAAAAUAUAUUAUUAAAAAAAAUGUUAAGACUCUGGAAAAAGUGCAGGAAAAAACAACAAAAGUAAUUAAAGGGGUGGAGGCUAAAACAUAGGAAGAACAGUUGCAGGAAUUGGAUAUGUCUAGUUUAGUAAAAAGAAGGACAUGAUACAGUGGUAGUGUUUUAAUAUUAGAAGGGCUGCAAUGAAUAUGAGAGAGUCAACCUCUUUUCUAAAGCACCAGAAAGCAAAAGAAGAAGCAAUGGAUGGAAAUUAAUCAAGGAGAGAAGCAAUCUAGAACUAAGGACAAAUUUCCUAACAGUGAGAAC